CCAGGCGCAGAGCGUGGUGUGUUUCUGAGCCAGCCUGGAGCAGCACAUGGAGAAGAUUCAGCAGCUCCACACUUAUCUCCUUCAGCACGGCGAGGAGAGGCGAGGACGGCGUGACGGGGAAUGAAUGAAAGUUUGGCUUCAGCCAGUUUGACUGACAGGUCGAGCCGCGCGCCCCGCACGCGUUCUUCCCUCGUCGCGCGUCUCUCGACUAUUUAUAUCAGCAGGCUGUAAAUGCGGCAGCGCUGGAGACUCCCGUCUGCUGUGGAGAAGCGCGGAGCUCUGUGAGAGAGCUGGAGAUCCGGGGACAGCCUCUCUGACUGGAGCUCACAGAGGAACAACAGAAACACUGACAUGGACCUGCUGAUAGGAGCUGACUGACUGACUGAUUGACUGAAUGAUAUGGCAGCUUCCAGUAACUCCAGUCUUUCAGGUUCCUCCCUCUCUUCUGAUCCCGAAGACUACCAGCCACCAAUAUGGAAAUCCUACUUAUACCAACUACAGCAGGAGGCGCCGAGACCAAAGAGAAUCACAUGUCCACAGGAGAUUGAAAGCAGGCCCAAGUACUAUGGCCGAGAGUUUCAUGGACUAAUCUCUAGAGAGCAGGCAGAUGAGCUGCUGGCCGGAGCAGAGGGGGCUUACCUCAUCCGAGAGAGCCAGCGGCAGCCUGGCACUUGCACACUCGCCUUGAGGUUCGGGGGUCAAACGCUAAACUACAGGCUCUUCUAUGAUGGGAAGCACUUUGUGGGAGAGAAGCGCUUUGAGUCGGUGCAUGACCUGGUUACAGAUGGCCUCAUCACUCUCUAUAUCGAGACCAAAGCGGCGGAGUACAUCGCCAAGAUGACCACCAACCCCAUCUAUCAGCAUCUCGGCUACACAUCCUUACUGAGGGACAAGAUCACGCACCGCCUGAACCGGGCACGCUCAGAACCCAAGAGAGUCACUUUCCAACAAGAUGAGAAGAUCUCCACCUCUCCAGUGGGCAGACGCAGUGCGCUGAAAGACGGGUCUGAGAAACUGUGCAACUAUGAGAAAGUCCACAACUUUAAGGUACACACCUUCAGAGGGCCACACUGGUGUGAAUACUGUGCCAACUUCAUGUGGGGUCUCAUUGCCCAGGGCGUACGCUGCUCAGACUGUGGACUCAACGUUCAUAAGCAGUGCUCCAAGCUGGUGCCCAGUGACUGCCAGCCGGACCUGCGGCGCAUCAAGAAGGUCUUCAGCUGUGACCUCACCACGCUGGUUAAAGCUCACAAUACACCACGACCCAUGGUUGUGGACAUGUGCAUCAGAGAGAUAGAAGACAGAGGACUGAAGUCAGAAGGACUGUAUAGAGUGUCGGGUUUUACAGAGCAUAUAGAAGAUGUGAGGCUUUCUUUCGACAGAGAUGGGGACAAGGCAGAUAUCAGCGCCAGUGCCUAUUCAGACAUCAACACCAUUACUGGUGCCCUGAAGCUCUAUCUGCGCGAUCUACCCAUUCCAGUCAUCACCUACGAAGCCUACUCCAAAUUCAUACAAGCAGCAAAAAUAAAUGACCCGGACGCAAGGUUAGAAGCAGUCCACGAUGGCCUUCUACAGCUUCCUCCUGCCCACUAUGAAACUCUGCGUUACCUGAUGUCUCACCUGAAGAAGGUCACCAUGUAUGAAAAGGACAAUCUGAUGAGUGCAGAGAAUCUAGGAAUCGUCUUCGGCCCAACUCUGAUGCAGCCGCCAGACCAGAACACACUCGCCAGCCUCAAUGACAUGAGGCACCAGAAACUAAUUGUACAGUUAUUGAUUGAGCAUGAAGAUAUCCUGUUUUAAACACUACAAAACAUCUGUAAAGAUUUUUAUACUUUAAACUGGACUGCAGGUGGUCUGAGUUCGGUGAAAGGUUUUUGGAGAGGUCAUCAGUCAAUGAAAGCCAUUAAUGAAACAUUAUUUUAGGCGGAAAACUGCAAAACAUGGUGCCGUUGCAUCCUGAGUUACACUCAAUGUGCUGUUAUACAUUUAAAUAAUUUUAGUUUAUAAUUUUACAUUUAAAUAAUUUAAAUAAAAUUAGUGCUUAUACACAGCGCUACUUUGAGUUAUUGUGCAAUCUCGAUCAGUUCAAAUGCUCUUGCUUUAUUUUUUAUAUGUAUUAUAAUUUAAUUUAAUCCCACGCAAAUCAACGAAAUAUUUUUGACUUCCUUAUUUCUUUGUAUGAUCCAGAGAAAAUAAUGUAAAAGUGCAGUUUCCCCAGAAAUCAAUCCAGUAUAAAUUACUGCAUGAUACAUGACUGAUGUUUCUGUGCUUGGUGCGUUGCACUGAUAACGAUUUUAUGGUCUGAUAAUUCAGAAAUUGGUUAAAUGUAUUAUUUGUAAUUAAAGUGGUAUGUACAGAAUAUGUACACAUUUGAAAUGUGUGCUACAGUGAAAACAUCCAAUAUGAAGCACUUUUAUUUUAUUUUUUGAAGAGUGUAAAUAUUUUCAUUAUUAUUUUUUCUGUGUUGUCAAAAACAAUACUUUUUAUCCCCUUUUUAUUUUUUUUUUCCAGAAAAACUGUAAAAAAGGCAUCGGUAACAUUCAGUGUGGUUCCUUUGUGCUUGUAUAUACUCCUGUAGCACACUGCUUGUUAUUAUCUAUAGGGUGGUACCCAUAAGAAGCGUAUUGACCGUCUCAGACUGUGAUGCAGGCAUGUGGGCCAUGUGGAUGGGGUGCUGGUAAGAAAUAAUCACAGCUAGUUCUGUUGCCUUUGUCUGUUGAAGUUGUUCAUUUGAUAUGAGACCUUUCUAAAAAAAAAAAUGUUUUAUGAAAAGUAUUUUCUGUGAAGAAUGUAAUUAUGAUUGUAAUUUAUCAAAUAAUGAUUUAUUAAAUUAUGUAAACCUGGUUUAUUAA